AUGCGAUUCACACUCAUCGCCUUGGCCUUCGCAGCUCUUGCUUUGGCAGCUCCUCGUCCUCAGGACAUCGAUUUCGAUCUCGUCGACGCAGCACCUGACCCGAUCCUGGACACGGCUCCCUCAGACGUGACGUCCGAAACGGUUCCUAUCCAGCCGGUUGCUGCAGCUAUCGCCGUUGCAGAUCAGAGCGUCACCGAAGUUGCCCAGACCACAGAGGAACUCAGUCGACGAGGUGAGUUGGUUGGGCGUGAUGAUAAUUGCGCCGCACAACCUGCAGGCACUGGGCCUAGAGUCACAAUUCCAGAUGAUUCCGCCGCGUCUUUCUUGAGCUGGAAACCGUUCAAGGAUAAUGCGAUUGCUGCAGCCGCACCAGCACAAGUUCCGCCAGGAUACAGCCUUGCUUUCUCCAAUCUCGAGGCAUCCUCCCAAACGGUUUCGUACCUCGGAUUCAAGACGAUCAGCCAUUAUGACCCCGUCGCUUGUGCUUCAUACUGCGAUAAACAAGCAGGAUGUAUUGCAUUCAACCUCUACUACGAGCGUGACCCCUCUGUCCACCCAGACGCGACGGACUGUCCCGACCCAACAUCCGUGACCAACAUCAAGUGUGUACGAUGGGGUAUUGCCAUCAACGUAACCACCGCGACAAACACCGGACAGUACAGAGAUUCCUUCAAGGUCGUCAUCUCGGGCAGCAACGGCUACAACAAAAACGCCGGCCCAGCACCCCAAUCCGGAUUCUCAGGCCCGACGGCCCUCUGUGGCGCCAUCAACGCCCCCAACGACCCCAUCACCAACACCAAUACCUACAUGGGCUACAAGUUCUUCUCCUUCGCCACGGUCCAGACCUUCGCCAACGGCGCCGUGGCCUGCACGUCGGCCUGCACCAGCCAGACGGCCUACAACUCGCGCCACCCACCCUCGACUGGCAAGCCCAGCGUCUGCAACCAGGUCGUCGUCUACGUCCUCAACCAGGCCGAUGCGCCCCAGGGCAUCUACUGCGCCAUGUACAGCGAGGCGUGGGCGCCCGCCUACGCCACCAACUACGGCCAGUACAGAGGCAACGAGUACUGGCGCGUAAGCCAAGCCUACUCCUACACCAACUCGACGUACGCCGCGACGUAUGGACCCAUCUGUGAUGUGGAGGGGUGUCCCGAUGGCUCCUACCGAGGCGGGAACUGUGGUGGGUGGGGGACUGGGACAUGCUAG